AUGGUAGAACAUGGGGAUGCCCAACUGGAUGGGAUUCAGAAACUGGUGAAGGCAGUUGUUCUUUCUUCCACAGGAGCUGGCUUUGGAGGUGGAUUUGGAGGAGCAGGUGGCCUAUAUCCAGGAGGGCUCUAUCCUGGUGGAGCUGCUGCUGCUGCUGCUGCAGCCUAUAAAGCCGCUGCUAAAGCUGGACUUGGUGUACCUGGUGGUGGCAUAGGCGGACUACCGGGAGGUGGCAUAGGUGGACUACCUGGAGGCGGCAUAGGAGGACUACCUGGUGGUGGUAUAGGAGUUGGUGCUGGAGCCAAGCCUGGGAAAAUCCCUGGGGUUGGAAUUCCAGGAGUCUUCCCUGGAGGUGUACUUCCUGGCACAGGGAUCCGCUAUCCUGGUGUAGGAGUCUUGCCAGGUGUGCCAACUGGAACAGGUGUCAAACCCAAAGUCCCAGGAGCCGGAGCUGGAGCCUUUGCUGGGAUCCCUGGACUUGGAGGAUUUGGAGGUGCACAGCAGCCAGGGCUACCUCUGGGUUAUCCCAUCCAAGCACCAAAACUCCCAGGUAGUUAUUAUGGUCUGCCUUAUGGUGCUGGCAAGCUGGCUAUCGGUGGAGCAGCUGGAGGGAAGGCUGGCUAUCCAACGGGGACAGGUGUAGGAGCUCAGGCAGCUGCUGCUAAGGCAGCUGCAAAAUACGGUGCUGGAAUCUUGCCUGGGACAGGUGGCAUCCCUGGAGUUGGGACACUUGGUGGAGGAGGAUUGUUGCCUGGUGUUGGUGCUGGUGGUGUUCCAGGAGGAAUAGGUGCAGGUGGACCAGCGGCAGCAGCAGCAGUAGCCGCCAAAGUAGCUGCCAAAGCAGCAGCUUACGGUGGCAGAGCUGUCCCUGGAACUGGCGUGGGUGGUGUCGGCAUCGGUCUUCCAGGAGUCCCUGGAACUGGCGUGGGUGGUGUUGGCGUUGGUCUUCCUGGUGUUGGUGGACUUCCAGGCAUUGCACCUGGAAUUGGAAUAGGCCCAGGAGGAGUUGGUGUGGGAGGAGUGAGCCCAGCAGUAGCAGCAGCAGCAGCUGCUGCUAAAGCAGCAAAAUACGGGCUGGUUCCAGGCGGUGUUGGCCCUGGUGGCGUUGGCAUUGGCCCUGGUGGCGUUGGCGUUGGCCCUGGUGGCAUUGGCAUCGGCCCUGGUGGCAUUGGCAUUGGCCCUGGUGGCAUUGGCGUCGGCCCAGGAGCUGGAGCGGCAGCGGCAGCGGCAGCAGCGAAAGCAGCACUGUAUGGAACUGGCAGAGUUGGGCCCGGUGGUGUUGGGCCUGGCGGAGUAAUACCUGGAGGAGUUGGAGUGGGACCUGGCGGAGUAAUACCUGGUGGAGUUGGAGUGGGACCUGGCGGAGUAAUACCUGGAGGAGUUGGAGUGGGACCUGGCGGAGUAAUACCUGGUGGAGUGGGACCUGGCGGAGUGGGAGUUGGCCCAAUAGCUCCAGGAAGUUCUGCAGCCGCCCUAAAAGCAGCUGCCAAGGCAGCAAAAUACGGAGCUGGUGGAGCAAGAGGUCUUGUGCCUGGUGGAGGAGUUGGUGGCCUGGUCCCUGGUGCUGGAGGUGGCCUGGUCCCUGGUGUUGGAGGAAUCCCAGGAGUUGGAGUACCUGGGGCUGCUGGAGCAGCAGCAGCAGCAAAAGCAGCCGCCAAAGCAGCUAAAUAUGGUGGAGCAGGUGUUGUGCCUGGGGGCGGCGUCCUGCCUGGAGGUGGCGUCCUGCCCGGGGGCGGCAUCUUCCCUGGAGGUGGCGUCCUGCCUGGGGGCGGUGUCUUGCCUGGAGGUGGCGUCCUGCCUGGGGGCGGUGUCUUGCCUGGAGGUGGCGUCCUGCCUGGGGGCGGUGUCUUGCCUGGAGGUGGCGUCCUGCCUGGGGGCGGUGUCUUGCCUGGAGGCGGCAUCCUGCCUGGAGGUAGAGUACCUGGUGCAGGCAUUCCCCUAAUUGGAGGACAAGCAGGAGUCAAACCACCUAAAUAUGGUGUCCCAGGAACUGGAUUGGGUGGAACUGGCGUGGCAGGAGGCUUCGGAGUCCCUGGACUGGGAGGAGCUGGUUUUGGAGGUGGUGCAGGAGCUGGAGGUCUGAUACUUGCAAAUGGCCCCGGAUUUGGAUUAUCUCCCAUUUACCCAGGUGGAGGUGUACCUGGCUAUGGAGGUAAACCCCCGAAGCACUAUGGAGUCCUGGGGGCACUUGGCUACAAAAGAGGAGUCGGCCGGAAGAGGAAGUAGCCCAGACCGACGGCCUACCAUUCACCUCAUGAACUUUGGUGCUACUGCCUGGUCUCGAAUGUACCCCCCACCCCCCGAGAAAAGCAGAGAUUCCACCACCGCCGCUGCCAACACAGCCCCAUGCCUUGC